CGCCGCGGGGCGCCGGGUUGUUUGGAGCGUACCCUGGCCCGGACAGCAUGAGCUAUGGCAUCGGUCAAGGUGGCCGUGAGAGUCCGGCCCAUGAAUCGCAGGGAAAAGGACUUGGAGGCCAAGUUCAUUAUACAAAUGGAGAAAAGCAAAACAACAAUCACAAACUUAAAGAUACCAGAAGGAGGAACUGGGGACACAGGAAGAGAACGGACCAAGACUUUCACCUAUGACUUUUCUUUUUAUUCUGCUGAUACGAAGAGUCCAGAUUAUAUCUCACAAGAAAUGGUUUUCAAAACUCUGGGCACAGAUGUGGUGAAGUCUGCAUUUGAAGGUUACAAUGCUUGUGUCUUUGCAUAUGGGCAAACUGGAUCUGGAAAGUCAUACACCAUGAUGGGAAGUUCUGGUGAUUCAGGUUUAAUACCUCGAAUCUGUGAAGGGCUCUUCAGUCGGAUAAAUGAAACUACCAGAUGGGAUGAAGCAUCCUUCCGCACUGAAGUCAGCUAUUUAGAAAUUUAUAACGAGCGUGUGAGAGAUCUACUUAGGAGGAAGUCAUCUAAAACCUUCAAUUUAAGAGUCCGAGAGCAUCCCAAAGAAGGACCUUAUGUUGAGGACUUAUCCAAACAUUUGGUACAGAAUUAUGGUGAUGUGGAAGAACUUAUGGAUGCAGGAAAUAUUAAUCGUACCACAGCGGCUACUGGGAUGAAUGAUGUCAGUAGUCGGUCUCACGCCAUCUUCACCAUCAAAUUCACACAGGCAAAGUUUGAUUCUGAAAUGCCAUGUGAAACUGUGAGUAAGAUUCACUUGGUGGAUCUUGCUGGAAGUGAGCGUGCGGAUGCCACUGGUGCCACGGGGGUCAGGCUCAAAGAAGGAGGGAAUAUUAACAAGUCCCUUGUCACUCUGGGAAACGUCAUUUCUGCCUUAGCUGAUUUAUCUCAGGAUGCAGCAAACCCUCUGGUGAAGAAGAAGCAAGUUUUUGUGCCUUACAGGGAUUCUGUUUUGACUUGGUUGUUGAAAGAUAGCCUUGGAGGAAACUCUAAAACCAUCAUGAUUGCCACCAUUUCACCUGCUGAUGUCAAUUAUGGAGAAACCCUAAGUACACUUCGCUAUGCAAAUAGAGCCAAAAACAUCAUCAACAAACCUACCAUUAACGAGGAUGCCAACGUCAAACUCAUCCGGGAGCUGCGAGCUGAAAUAGCCAGACUAAAAGCUCUGCUUGCUCAAGGGAAUCAGAUUGCCCUCUUAGACUCUCCCACAGCUUUAAGUAUGGAGGAAAAACUUCAUCAGAAUGAAGCAAGAGUUCAAGAAUUGACAAAGGAGUGGACAAAUAAGUGGAAUGAAACCCAAAAUAUUUUGAAAGAACAAACCCUAGCCCUUAGGAAAGAAGGGAUUGGCGUUGUUUUGGAUUCUGAACUGCCUCAUUUGAUUGGCAUUGAUGACGACCUUCUGAGUACUGGAAUCAUCCUAUAUCACUUGAAGGAAGGUCAGACAUAUGUUGGUAGAGAAGAUGCUUCAACAGAGCAAGAUAUCGUCCUUCAUGGCCUUGACUUGGAGAGUGAGCACUGUGUCUUUGAGAACGUUGGAGGAACAGUGACUUUGAUACCCCUCAGUGGGUCACAGUGCUCUGUGAAUGGUGUGCAGAUCAUGGAGGCCACACACCUAAACCAAGGUGCUGUGAUACUCUUGGGAAGAACCAAUAUGUUUCGCUUUAACCACCCAAAGGAAGCUGCCAAGCUCAGGGAGAAGAGGAAGAGUGGCCUUCUGUCCUCCUUCAGCUUGUCCAUGACUGACCUCUCGAAGUCCUGUGAGAACCUGUCUGCGGUCAUGCUGUACAACCCAGGACUUGAAUUUGAGAGGCAGCAGCGUGAAGAACUUGAAAAAUUGGAGAGUAAAAGGAAGCUCAUUGAAGAAAUGGAGGAAAAGCAGAAGUCAGACAAGGCCGCACUGGAGCGGAUGCAGCAGGAAGUGGAGACCCAACGCAAAGAGACGGAGAUCGUGCAGCUCCAGAUCCGCAAGCAGGAGGAGAGCCUCAAACGUCGCAGCUUCCACAUUGAGAACAAGCUCAAGGACUUGCUUGCCGAGAAGGAAAAGUUUGAGGAGGAAAGACUGAGGGAGCAGCAGGAAAUCGAACUGCAGAAGAAGAGACAGGAGGAAGAGAGCUUGCUUCGCAUCAAAGAAGAGCUGCAGCGGCUCCAAGAGCUCAACAACAGCGAGCAGGCAGAGAAGGUGCAGAUAUCCCAAGAGCUGGACCGCCUCCACAGGGAAAAAGAUGAGCGGAGCGCCAAGCUGGAGCUGGAGAAAAGGAGACUGGAAGAGGAAGAGAAGGAGCAGGUGCUGCUCGUGGCCCACCUGGAGGAGCAGCUGCGAGAGAAGCAGCAGAUGACCCCACUGCUGCAGCUGGGUGAGGUCCAGCGAGUGGAGGAGGAAAAGAAGGACCUGGAAGGCAUUCGGGAAGCCCUUCUGCAGGCCAGGGAAGCUCAGGCUGGAGGUGAUCAAGAUGGCAAGGAGCUAGAAAAGGCUCAGCUGCAUUUCUUGGAGUUCAAGAAAAGGCAGCUUAUUGGACUGGCAAAGAUGGAGGAGGACCUGGUCCAGCAGAAAGACCUCCUGAGAACAGCAGUCCAAGAAGAGCAGAAAACCCUCAAGCAUUUAAAAUAUGAAAACCAUGAGAUAUCUAGACUGUCAGAAAGAAACGAUGGUAGUGUCCCAAAUGUCACUGGUGUGGCUGAAGAUUUAGAAAACAUAAAGACGGCAGAGUACAGGCUACAGUAUAAGGAGCAUCAGCUACAGUAUCUUCUGCAGAAUCACCUGCCAGGUCUGUUGGAAGAAAAGAAGAAAGUGCUUGAAAUCCUUGACCAAGGCUUUCUGGGCUUAGACAAUACUCUUUAUCAAGUGGAAAAGGAAAUGGAAGCAAAAGAAGAACAGCUUGCACAGUACCAAGCCAGAGCCAAUGAGCUGCAGCAACUCCAAGCUACCUUCGAAUUCACUGCCAACGUGGCCCGGCAGGAAGAGAAAGUGAGGAAGAAGGAAAAGGAGAUCCUGGAGUCCCAGGAGAAGCAGCAAAGAGAGGCACUGGAGAGGGCUGUGGCCAAGUUGGAGAGGAGACGAUCUGCCCUGCAGAGGCAUUCCACCCUGGGCCUGGAGAUCCAAGAACAGAGGCAGAAACUCACUACUCUCAGAGGCAGCAGCAGUGAGCAAGCAGGACUCCAGGCAGGCCUGGAAGCUGAGCAGGAGGCCCUGGAGAAGGACCGAGAGAGGUUAGAGCAUGAAAUCCAGCAGCUGAAGCAGAAAAUCUGUGAUGUUGAUGGGAUUCAGAGAGAUCAUUGUGGGACCCUGGAAGGAAAGAUGGCUUCUUCCAGUUUACCAUCGACUGCUGAAAAAUCUCCACUGGCUCCCCUGUUGGAUGCCAGGAUCAAUGCUUACAUUGAAGAAGAAGUCCAAAGACGUCUUCAGGAUUUGCAUCGUGCCCUUGGUGAUGCCAGCAAUGCAUCUGCAGAUAUUACGAAGGAUAAUGAGAAACUUCACAAUGGCACCAUUCAACGUAAACUAAAAUAUGAGAAAAGGCAGUUGAAGCCUACAGAAUAUAUUGCCUCACUUCUACCCAAAGACUCCACUGACCCUUCCAUUAUAGAAGAGAGGAGGGAGGUGGAUCAGAGCAACCUCUGGAACCACCCCAUGGUGCACAGCAUCUCGGGCCCCAAAGCUGCCUCUUCCAUCUCACAAGACAGAAGAGAUCUGUCCUCAGUUGCUGAGCUGCUACAGGAUUGUGGCUACAAAUGUUGCCAUCUUGAGCCCUCUGGCCAUCUUGAACCAAAAUAUUUUCAGCUGCUUAACAGAAGCUGUAGCAGAGGUACAGAUGAUUUCCAGGGGAAGCCAGAAAACGUGAGUGAGCUGAUGAAUCAUGAAGAUGAGCACAGCUUGGGAGUCGAGUCCAGCUGGACACUGCUGCAACACACAUCCCAACAAGUGUCUAUAAAUAGCGGAAACAAGCGGGCCAAGCAUAGCAGGGUGCUCUGCUUUGUUCUCUCUGAAAGCACUUCUCAAGAGGAGAGCACAUCAGGCUGCACGCCGCUGAGCACAGAGGCCCCCACGUUCCCUUGGGAGCAGCCAGAUGGGAAAGAAUUAGCUGCUAAAAAGAUUAGCUCUCCAGCGUCACUGAUCAAUAUCAGGGCAGAAGGAAACCAUGCACUGGGAUAUUUUUACCACAAGUUCUCAGACUUUUAUAAAGACACCAGCAGUCACCUACUGCAGGUGGGCACCAAGGUGAUAAACCAAGCCAAGCACGUGGGAAGCCUGUGUGACCCGAAUGGGCUCACCUCCCAGGUGACGACAUUGGUGAAAAGAUUGCCCCUGCUGAGGCACUUACCCCUGGAUGGGCCUUGGAGGUCACCCGUGGCACCAUCUGGGGGUCAUCCUUAUCCCAAAGCUCAGACUGGUAGCAGCAAUAAUGAAGAAACUAGAAACCCAAGGGCCCCAGAGAGCCGUAGGCCUUACACAGCUUCUGCCUUCACAGCUGUAGGUUUACCAGACUCUUCGCCAAGUUCGGUUAGCCAUCUUGAAUAUGAAGAUGCUCCAAAAAGCUCUGCCUUUAAACAGAGCUUUGUACAGUUCCCAGACCCAAUGCUGCAACUUCAGGGACACUGUUUAGAGGAACUCCUCAAGCAAGUGACUUAUUUACUGCCCGAACAUGCCCUUGGCAUGAAAGAUGUCAAAGGCGUCUAUUGGCUAGCUGUAGCCAACUGCGCAGAACCUGACCCUCAGGCAGCAUGCUUGCUUCUCCUGCCCUCAGCCCUAUACGCUGUGGUCCGGUCAAGUCACAGCCCAGGCUCAAUGAGCAUCUUUCAUGCUCUCCCUCUCUCUGCACUACAGGAGAUUCAAGUCGGCUUUGGUGGGCAGAGCAUUCGGCUGCUGGGCUCUGCAGAGAGUCUCCUCCUCACUGUAUUCACUUACAACAAACAGCUCUGUCAACAGCUCUGCUGGGACCUCCUGUGUGUCCUGCUGUCUGAGUCUGAAGCUGCUGCUUAUGCAGACCAUCCCUUAUUCCAGCAAGAUCUGGUUCAGCUUUCUCUUGAUUGGAAGGCAGAAGUCCCAGAUUUAGUGUUGGCAAAUGGAGUUCACUUGUCGUCCCAGUUCCAGACAGCCGGGGUUGACAUAAUUUACUUUCUUCACGGAAAUAUGGAGGUCAGCAUCCCUUCUCUAGCUGAGGUUCAGUUACUGCUCUACACCACAGUCAGAGUCGAGGGAGAGUAUGGGUGCCAACCAUGCCAGUCCCUAGUUGUUCUGAACACACACAUCGCGCUCCUGAGGGAGGAUCGUGUGUUUUAUCCACACGCUCGCUCUCUAAACACACUCCCUCCUCGGACACAGUUUGAAGUGAUCAGAUGCCGUGCUUUAAGUGAGUUCAGGAAUGUGGUUGUUCCAGAGAAGAAAAACUUUCUAACAGUAGAACUUAUCUUCUUUGGAAGACUCAGGCUUGCUCUGGACUCCGGAAACAACUUGCCUGCACACCUUCAAGACACCCCCUGUACCUCGCUGCUGACUGCCUCUGGGUGUCUUCAGGGUGGUCACGGGGAGGCACCUGAGGUCUGGAAAAUGACUUUCAAUUCUCAGGAUGAAGCUCUUUGGCUAAUCUCACAUUUGACAAGACUCUAGGGAGGAGACUUUUAAAGAUGCAAGGGCAUUUUAUUUUGAGCUCUUUAAUAAAAUGGACAUUAAGAAAACAGUCAAGGGGAUAUGAGUAUUCAGUGAAGUUAAUCGAAUUGGAAUUGGAAAGCAGCGGAUCUCUGAAAUUGAAAAUGUACAGAUUUUAAAUAUAGUAAAAUGAAAAGAGUUGAUAGAAAAGAACUGAUAAAAUAUCUUUAUUGCCACCGGUUUCAUUUUCUUGGAACUCAAGCUUGUAAAUUUAGGCCUGCCUGAUUAUGUGUGAGUGAUUAAAGCAUUCUGAUUGUU